AUGCCAGUGGAGUUACCGAAACUACUUCAUCCACGAAGCAAGCAGGUAUUUAACUCAAUCCUUUUGUGUCUUCUUUGUUCAUGUACUAAUCUAUCGUUUUCAAAGCCUCUCCAAGUUACCUUAAAUCAACUCAUCUAUCUAUCUAUCUAUCUAUCUAUCUAUCUAUCUAUCUAUCACUACAUUUUUAAUAUCUAUCUAUCUAUCUAUCUAUCUAUCUAUCUAUCAAUCUAUCUAUCUAUCACGACGUGUUGCACAUCAAUCUAUCUAUCUAUCUAUCUAUCUAUCUAUUUUUCUCUGUAUUUUCUUUUGCUGUUUUCCUCAUAUCUAUCUAUCUAUCACGACGUGUUGAACAUCAACCUAUCUAUCUAUCUAUCUAUCUAUCUAUCUAUCUAUCUAUCUCUGUAUUUUCUUUUCUGUUUUUCUCCUAUCUAUCUAUCUAUCUAUCUAUCUAUCUAUCUAUCUAUCUAUUUUUUCUCUGUAUUUUCUUUUCCUCAUUACUGUACUCUUUCUACUUUCCGGAAUGCCAUUUCCUUGCAGAAAACUCCUCGCUGUUCCAAUUCACAAAUAUGCUGUUUAUUUUUGCCAGCAGAUAACCGACCUGUCCCUACUUUUCUUCCACCCACUUCCUUACCAGUUCUCUUGACUAUCUGUCUAUUUCUGUGUCUUUACUAUCUAUCUAUCUAUCUAUCUAUCUAUCUAUCUAUCUAUCUAACAAAGUGUGAUAUUUAUUACCCGCUCUCUCUUUCUCUCUCUUUCUUUCUCUCUCUUUCUUUCUCUCUCUCUUUCUUUCUCUCUCUCUUUCUCUCUCUCUCUCUCUUUCUGGAAUUACAUCAGUAUUUAUAUCUAUCUAUCUAUCUAUCUAUCUAUCUAUCUAUCUAUCUAUCUAUCUAUCUCAUUGUGGUCACUGUUAUCCGAAGCAAUCUACUCUCUCCAUCUCUUAAAAAUUCACAGUCAUUAUCUAUCUAUCUAUCUAUCUAUCUAUCUAUCUAUCUAUCUAUCUUUGUUUCUUUAUUUAUACAACAUAUUCAGUCUUCUAUAAACUAUUUUCCUACUACAAUAUCAUCUUUUUUUUAUUCUUCCUGUGAUCUGCUCUUUCUUUCUACAAUUUUCAACUUCUUUCUUUCUUUCUUUCUUUCUUUCUUUCUUUCUUUCUUUCGUUCGUUCGUUCGUUCUUUCUUUUUCAUCUUCGAAAUAUUCAGUACUAACUCAGUGGAAUUUACCAAGACCUGUGACAUUUUGGUCUGUCGCACCUGCUAUUCCUUUCUUUCUUUCUUUCUUUCUUUCUUUCUUUCUUUCAAAUCUAUUACCUUUUCGCAGGAGAGUACAGGAAGUCGGCCUCGUGGCAUCAUUUUGGAAAAAAAGGCAUCUAUCUAUCUAUCUAUCUAUCUAUCUAACUCAACAUCUAUCUAUCUAUCUAUCUAUCUAUCUAUCUAUCUAUCUAUCUAUCUAUCUAUCUAUCUAUCUAUCUCAGUCGCCACAUAUGUAUGUAUGUAUAUAUCUCAGUCGCCACAUAUGUAUGUAUGUAUGUAUGUAUGUAUCCAUCUAUCUCAGUCGUCACAUAUGUAUGCAUGUAUUAUCUAUCUAUCUAUCUAUCUAUCUAUCUAUCUAUCUAUCUAUCUAUCUAACUCAUCUGUAGACAUCUAUCUAUCUAUCUAUCUAUCUAUCUAUCUAUCUAUCUAUCUAUCUAUCUAUCUAUCUAACUCAACAUCUAUCUAUCUAUCUAUCUAUCUAUCUAUCUAUCUAUCUAUCUAUCUAUCUAUCUAUCUCAGCGUAGUUAUUGCUAUCCGAAUCUUUCUUACCGCUCUUUCCAUUCUAACCCUGCCCCUUAUUACUAUUGUUACCUCUUUUCUCUGCAAUAUACUCCAGGCAGGUCUUUAUUUUCUCCGUCUUCUUCCUCUUCCUCCAAAAUACACCAGCCUGUUUUUGUUGCUUCUGUUUUCCCACUUUAUCUAUAAUACACCUCACUAUAUUCUCUAUUGCUUCAUUCUUCUUCUGUUCUUUCCAAACUUUGUUCAUUAUUGCUUUUGUCUUCACUCUUUCGAUAUAAUAUGCCACAAUCCGUUCAUUAUUGCUUUUCUAUCCUCGCCUUUUCUAUACCAUAAUCAGCUUUUGCUCAUUACAAUUGACCCGAGUCUCUUUCUUUCACUCUUUCUCUUUCUUGCUCUUCCCCAGUUCAUCGUCUUCGAGAUGAGUUCUUUUCUUACUUUCUCUAUCUCAUUUUAUUUCUUCUUCUACCGCCUCUUGUCUCCUUCUUCCCUAACCCUUCUCGUAUUUGUAGCCACCCCACCAUCAUCACCACACGAAGUCUCUCGGUGUAUGGACCCUGCCAAAUGCCGAUCAAUAACCGCCGAUGAUGAAUCAGUCAGCCGUAUGUAG